CUUGCUGCGGCAAACAACGAAAGCGAGGCGAAGGCAGUCAUUCAUUCCGAUCACAAUUCGAAUUAUUUUUUGCGCAAUAUACGAGAAAAAGCUCUCAAUUAAUUUCCUUCUCGGCUAUUCUUAUUCAAUCAUUCUUUGAAAAUCAACUGUCCGGUGAGGCAGUGUGGAUAAUUUUGGUGCAACUGAACUGAUUUAAUUUUUUGCGAGAAAUUGCCUGCAAAAAGUGAAAAGUUGCAACCCAUAUCUUUAUAUUCACGUGUGAGUCUGGUUGUUUGUGCGUGUGGAAAAGCGAAGAAGCACAAAGCAAGUAAUUGGCCGGAACAAAAGAAGGAGCUUAAAAGAAUUUAGUGGUUUUGCAUACGAAGUAAUAAGAAAUAAGUGGCUUUACAGAAGAAUUUGUGAAAAUGGAGCCAAUAACUCAAAUUAUAACGAAUUUGCUUUCAUCGGACAGCGAUGUUAUUAAGAAGGCAACGUCUGAUUUGCAGGAGGCUUACAAGCAUCCCGAGACAAUUCCUGCUCUUUGUGAAAUUGCUGUAUCUGCUCCUGAGCCGCAGGUUCGUCAAUAUUCUGCGGUAUUACUUAAGAAGCAUUUGUCAAAGUUACGUCAAUGGAACAAAGUGCCGGCCGAGCAACAGCAAAUCAUUAAGCAAGGUAUGCUUAAUGCACUCAUGCAGGAGCAGCAGAAGUCUGUACGUAAAGCUAUCGCUCAAUUCGUUGGUGUUUUGGUGCGCCACGAAGCCAAAAAGGCCGAUUCAUGGAUGAAUGAGGUGCUUAAGUUCAUAUACAGCUAUUGCUCUUCGGCCGAUCCCAAACAAAGUGAAUUGGGUUCAUCAACAUUUGCCAUUUUGGCUGAUGCGGCACCGGAUCAAUUCUUGCAGCAUAUGGAAUCGGUUUGUGAAAUGUUUACAGCUGCAUUGGUUGCCACAGAGGCUACUGGUAAUAUGGCUACGCCUGUAAUUUUCAAUAUUCUUACUGGCAUGACUUACUUGGUGCCAUUCACACUGGGCCACAACACCGCCGAGCAAACGUUGCAGAAGUCCAUUCCAUUGAUUGUUAAAUCGUUGCAAGCAUUCGCAGUGCAACCAGAGGUGGAUCAGUUUGUGCAUGCAUUUGAUAUCCUUGAAAGUAUGGCUGAUCUUAAUGCUAAAUUGUUGAACAAUCACAUUAAAAUGCUGUUAGAGUUCUGCUUGGAAGCAGCUAAUAAUGCGCAACUUGAUAGCGCUGUGCGCAUCAAAGCUGUGGCUUAUGUCGGUUGGUUAGUGCGUCUCAAGAAAAAAUUGAUCAUCAAACAGAAGUUGAUUGAACCCAUAAUACGGGUAGUUUUCAAUUUGAUGGCAACGGAGCCGGAAGAUGAGGACGAUGACGAAGAAUACUUUUUGGGUGAAGACAACUCGAAUCCCAUGACUACUGCAACACAAACAAUGGACCUGUUGGCAUUAAGCGUACCACCAGAAAAACUGAUUCCACCAUUGUUGCAACUUUUGGAGCCUGCUCUGCAGGGCCCGGAUCCACUGCCACGUCGCGCUGCCUAUCUAAGCAUGGCUGUUAUUGCCGAGGGCUGCUCAGAAGCGAUCUGCAAUAAAUAUCUCGAAACUAUGCUAAACAUAGUUAAAGUUGGCAUAACCGAUCCAAUACCACUCGUACGCAAUGCUGCCUUCUUUGCACUCGGUCAAUUUUCGGAGCAUUUGCAACCGGACAUCACCAAGUUCGCACCACAAAUCCUACCGAUACUCUUUGACUUCCUGCAUCAACUCUGCAAUGAAUUGCGGAGCGGUGGAACUGAACCUAAACAUAUCGAUCGUAUGUUCUAUGCACUUGAAACUUUCUGUGAGAAUUUGGAAGAUGAAUUGGUACCUCACUUGCCAGUGCUGAUGGAAAUUUUGUUCGAAGCCUUGAACCCCAACAAUUCAGUGCGCGUUCGCGAACUUGCUUUAAGCGCCAUUUCCGCUGCUGCUAAUGCAACAAAUGAAAAUAUGCUGCCCUAUUUCCCACGUUUAAUCACAAUCUUACAAUCGUACUUGGCACCAACUGAAAACGAAGACAUCAUCAGUCUACGCCCACAAGCUAUUGAUACUUUGGCAGCUUUGGCGCGUACUAUUGGCAAGCAAAACUUCAUGCCCUUAGCCACCGAUACAAUGACUUUUGCUUUAAAUUUGCUCGAAAAAGCCGAAGAUCCCGAUGUACGUCGUGCUCUUUACAAUCUGAUUGCAUCAUUGGCUGAAGUGGUUAACGAAGAGAUGGCAUCAGUUUUUCCAAAGGUAAUUGAACGCAUGUUCGAUUCUAUACUCUCCACUGAAGAAGUAGUGCCCGAAUUUAAAGAUGAUGAUGGUGUACCAGCACCAGCUGAAGAGGCUGAUGAGAAUGAAGAUGACAUCGAUAUUGAAAAUUCAGAUGAGGACGAGGAUGAUUUAGAUAAUAUUGCUGGAUACAGUGUUGAAAACUCAUAUUUGGAUGAGAAAGAAGAGGCCAUAUUGGCAUUGAAAGAAUUCGCUGAACAUACUGGUACCGCUUUCAUUCCAUACUUGGAGAAAUCUUAUCAAAAUGUCUACAAGAUGAUCGAUCAUCCACAGGAGGAUAUACGCAAGGUGUCAAUUGAUGCAUUGAGCUCAUUCGUUGUUGCUCUCUUCAAACAACAGGAUUUGCAUGGUGUAUCUAAUGCGAUUACAAUUUUGUUACCCAAACUGGGACAAAUUGUUCACGAUGACGAAGAAGUAUCGGUUGUGUUGUCGGCCCUCGAAGGUUUGGGUGAUCUAUUAAAAGAGUUGAAGCAAGUCACCUUGCCGACCAUUGAGCUGCGUGACGUUGUAUUCGCCUGCAUUACCGACGUCCUACAGGGCAAGGUUGCUUGCCAAUUCGAUGAGUCGACUGGCGAUGAUGAUGAAGAUGCCGAGGAGAGCGAAUACGAUGAGGCGAUCGUUGAGGGUGCUGGCAAUAUGCUGCCAUUGUUGGGAGCGGCAAUGGGACCCGAUCAAUUUAGGCCAUAUUUUGAGCGCACAUACCCGAUUAUCUUACAAAAAUUGCAAAAGGCAAAGAAAAACGAAGAUCUUGAAUCUCAACGCGCUUUCGCUUACGGUGCAUUGGCAGAAUGCUUUGCACCUUUACAAAAACACACUGGAGCAUUUUUCAAUACAUUCUGUCCAAUUAUGAUUACUGGACUCUCUGAUGAAUUCGAUCAAGCACGCCAAAAUGCUGUAUACGGCCUGGGUGAAUUGGUUUUAUACUCUGAGGAGAAAUCAUACGAAGCUUAUCCUCACAUUUUAAAUGCCCUAUCACAAGCUGUUUCGAAGGAGACCAAACCUAGUGCAUUAGAUAAUAUUUGUGGCGCUAUUGCACGUCUUAUUAUCAUAAACAGUUCUUUGGUGCCGCUCGCCCAAGUGUUGCCUGUCUUCAUGCAACACUUGCCCCUUCGCGAAGAUUUCGAUGAAAAUGCAUCCGUCUUUAAGUGCUUGAAGCAAUUAUAUUUGCAGGCGCGCGAUGCGAUCGCUGGCUCAUUGGAACAGAUUAUAGCGAUAUCCAUACACGUACUCUACAAAAAGGAAUACACAGAAAAGGAAACAUAUGACACAGCUUUGGGCCUACUGCAAGAGAUACGUGAAAAUUAUCCCGAUAAAUUCAGUACAGUUGCCAAUUCGAACCCGGAAAUUAUUGCCUUCUUGCAAACGCUAUAAAUGAUAACGAUUGAAAGUAAAGAAUAGCAACCGGACAUUCAUUUCAUAUACUUCAGCAAAAUUUAGAGUUAUUUACGUGAAUAAUGAACGGUACGGAAAAGUAAUUGUCUCCAUUACAACUUACAAAGAAAAGUAGUUUCAAAAGCACACACCCUACUUAAACAAAAACUCGACUUUAUGCUAUAUUUGAAAUCUACCAUUUAAACAUAAUUGUUUUGUGCUAUCUUUUCCUUUUGGGGUGUAAAAACAAAGACUUAAGACUGCGCGCAUUUUUUUUUAAUCCAAAACAGCAUAGGGAAAAGCCCGAACUGCUCAAUUGCAGCUAAGGAAAUUUUUAAAUCAGGGACUGGAAGCCGGAAACGAGUAUUUAAUAGUAAAAAAAUAUGUGUUAUAUAAAAAUUAAUAUUUACUUUUUAUUUCUCUUUUUUGCACAGAAAUAUUUUUGUUAAAUAUUUCUUAAACCUUUAGAUCAUGUUUUCCUCCGUGAAGACGAGUUGAAUAUAUCUUUGUGUAAAAAAUUUAUUCGUGAAUGUUACAAAACGCACUAAGAAAUAUUAGUUCUUACUUAAAUUUCCAUGUACCAGUCCUUGUUACCACUUAAGCGAUUGGGUAACUAAUUUUCCUGCAUGUUUUGGAAAAUUAACAUUAAUUAAAAUUUCCAUGUACCAGUCCCUGUUACCACUUAAGCGAUUGGGUAACUAAUUUUCCUGCAUGUUUUGGAAAAUUAACAUUAAUUAAUGACAUUAUUCCUAUAUAUAUAUUUUUUUUUAAAGUACACAUUGUAAAAGGCAAAUAUUUAAUAUCAGGGCGUCGGUGCACAUGUGCCUUCAAGUAUAAUUUUAAAAUUUUUAGUGGACACUUUUGUUCAAAUUGAAAUUGUUAAUUGUGUUAAGCCUACGCUUUUUUUAUUUUGUGAAAUGAAAAAUUAACAACGAAAUUUGUCUCUCAGUAAUGUCAUUAAAUACAUCUCUCCAUUAGCCGUGUUUGCAAGAAAAAUUGAGUUCAAUUACUUUUUGGUUAUGAGAUAUAACUAGCGCUUUUGAAUUACUUAUCAACUGUAAUAAUUACAUGCAUGGAGCUUGAAGUAACGGACUGCAUUUUUUUUUUUUACAAAUGUGCACCAAAGGCAAUAAUUCAGUUAAGCAAUUACUGCUAUAUAAACAAGCAAACGAAUACUCUAUGCAAUGAAAAAAUAUAUAUAGAUAUUUAAAUAACACAUUAAAUACAUGCACUUGUAUACUCCAACGUUAAACGUCCGAAUAAGGCAACUAAGACACAUCCAUUUUUAUUAUCCGAAUAUGUUUAACACAAUUUCGUUUUUAUAAGAAGAAAAAAACAUUAAAGAUUAACAUUAAAGAAUAAUAAAUAAAUAUGCCUUAGAUUUAUAUGUAGUUUUGUAUAUUUAAGAUAUACACAUGGAGAGCUUCCCACGUACAAAUUUCAUCUCCGAAAUUCCAUUAAACAGCAAUCAUAAGAGAAAUUGUGAUUUUUUUAUUCGCAGCGUUCAAUUUAAAACGCUCAAAUGUUCAACUCAAAACCAGCAUAUGUAUAUAUUUUCAUUUAUAUGCAAAAUCUUCGCCUAUCUCCUCUUGAAGGGAGGUAGUAUUUUAGUCUCCAAGUGAAUAUAUAAAGGCUGUGAUAUAAACUCUGUGUCAAGUUGUUAUAAAAAAUGAAGUUAGAAAGCGUGUCCCGCGCCUUUACUGGGAUUUUGAACACACAUCACAACACAAACAAAACUGAAAAUUAAAGAAUUUAAUUUCUUUUUAUAUUUGGCUGGCUAUGCUUAACUUUUUAUAUUUAUCAAAAUAGUAGGCCAUUUCGUUUAUCACUUGUAUGGCUAACAGUAAAAAGAAAAAAAAAACACAAGUUAUUAUAAACACUUCCGAC